CUGGGCCGCGGUGGCAUCGGCAGCAUGUGGCGGGCGCCGGCGGCCGCGGUGCCGCGCUGGGCCCGUGCGCUGCGCAGCUCCGUCGCUCUGAGCGGCUCCAGGAACCUGCUGAGGAAAAUGCUCCGCAAAAAGAAGAAGAAGUUCUGGUACGACAGCCCUACCUUGGGAUCCAGAAUGAUGUUUAAACCAAUGGAGCUGGCUCCUACCACACAAGAGGAGCAGAGAAGAACGAGGAAAGAAGACAACAUACGCUGCAGGGUCUUGAACAGCCUGAUUCACAAAGCCCUGGCAGACAUGAUGACCACCUGUGAAAUCAGCCAAGAGCUGUAUGACCUCAAGCUGGACAUCUGCAAGGUGUCCCUAGCAUCCAACUUCUCGGCAUGUCGUAUCUACUGGAACCCUGCUGCCACCAUGGAGAAGGAAAGCUAUGUUGAGGGGGUCCUGCAGAGGAGUGCCCCACGCAUACGGUACCUUCUGACCAGCCGGCAGAUUGUGGGCAACAUGCCCCCAGUGGUGUUUGUGAAGGACAAGGAAGGUGCAGCUGUGAAAGAGGUUGAGGACUUACUGUCAGUUGCUGAUUUUGGGCCUCCAGAAGAAGAAGCAUUGCCUCAGAAUGAUUCUAGGGAGCUGCUGUCCUCAGCAGCACAGCCUGCAGAGCCACCCCUGCGCCCCAGUCUCUUUGGUGUUGAUCAUGCACUGCUCCACAAGCAGAUAAUGGACUACAAGAGGCUGAGAGUGUCCAGAGACACAGGAGGCAGUGCCUGGACAGAAGAGCAGAAGCAGCAGCUGAGCAAGAUGUGGAAGAAAAUGAAGAAGAAGAAAGCAGGGAACCCUCCUGACAAUGACAUCACACCACAGCAGUACGUGCUGGGCAGGCAAGAGGCUGAGCACUGGGACGAUGCCACUAAACUGGUCAUGGACUCUGAUCUGGAGGAUGACUUGCAGGAGGAGGCAGAGGAACUUGGCAGAGCUCUGAGCCAGCCUGCUGACAAACUGCAGUGAAGAGGCCACUGCUGUGGAAUGAAGGCUGCCAAGAGCAAAAACUCCAAGAUCCUGAAAGGUCUGUUUUGUGCAGCCUGUGGGAGGUCUGUGGGCAAAAGGUGUGCAAGGACCCCAAAACAGGUGCUUGGGACAUUCUGUGGGGCAGCUGCAGGGCUGUGAAGCACAGAGCAGGUUAUGAAAGCACAGUGCAGCACUGGGACAGGACUGCAGUGAGUUCUGCUGAGCGCUUCCAAGGAAAGAAUGGAAGUUCUGAUUCCUCUGUUGGGGUCUAAGGUGGGCUUACAGGGUUUGAGGUUUGAGUGAUCUGGAUAAGAACAAUCCCAAAGUACUGGUGUCUGUUACUUUAAGGUCAGGAAGGAAAAGGGAAGCAGGACAGUGGCAGUGGUGUUCCAAGAGCAGCUGCCAGCACAAGGUGGGUGUUCAGUCUCAGGGGGCAGCACUUUCCACAAGAAGGUUUCAGCUGAGUGAGGUUAUGGCCAAUAAAGGCAAAACCAAAAGCAAAUAAAGUCGGAUUGACACUCUG